ACCAGCUUGCUCCGCCCUCAGAAGCCAGGCUAUUCCUGAUAAAUAGCCAAACUCCAGGUUGACUAGGACCAAGAAUCCCAAGCUGGAUCCAGGAGGAGACUAAAGGACUGGAGGAAAGUUGUGUCAGAACAAUGAUAAUGAAGCUGCCAUUUACCUCAGGAGACAUCACAAGUGCCUGAUUUGAGUGCCAGGACCGUUUGUGGCAGACACUGCCCCGAGCGCACAUUGCUUCUGAGAAACAGGGGGAGAGAGCAACUCGGUGACAGUACCAUGGGAUCCCCACCGGAAGAAAGAGACAGUGCUCUAUGGUCAGACAUCCCCAAGGGCCCCCUUAGCGCCUACCGAGCAAGAGCCUCCUUCAACUCUGAGGAGCUGCUGCUCUUUUGGGACGGCCAGGAUAUACUCCACUUCAAGAAAACCAUCUUCUCAACUUUGGAGAAUGACCCUCUCUUUGCCCGCUCAUACGGGGCGGAUCUGUCUCUAGAGAAGCAACGAGAACUGAACUUCCUUCGCUGCAAGCGGGUCUUUGAGUAUGGCUUCUUCAAAGUAGAGGAAUUGCUAAAGAACCCCCUGAAGAUUCUAGUGUUGAUUAACUGCCUGGGCAUGUACGACUGGUCCCUGGCCAACAAAUGCGUCCUCCACAUGUUGGUUUUUGGAUCCACAAUUUUCAUUUCUGGUUCUGAGAAGCAUUUCAAGUACCUUGAGAAGAUCUAUAACCUGGAGAUUUUUGGCUGUUUUGCUCUCACGGAACUGAGUCAUGGGAGUAAUACCAAGGCCAUGCGGACGACAGCUCACUAUGAUCCUGCGACCCAGGAAUUCAUCUUACAUACCCCGGAUUUCGAGGCUGCCAAAUUUUGGGUGGGCAACCUGGGCAAGACGGCAACUCACGCGGUGGUGUUUGCCCAACUGUACAUGCCAGAUGGCCAGUGCCACGGGCUGCAUUCCUUCCUGGUGCAGAUCCGGGACCCCAAGACCCUGCUUCCCAUGACAGGGGUGAUGGUCGGUGACAUGGGGAAGAAGCUGGGGCAGAAUGGCCUGGAUAAUGGAUUCGCCAUGUUCAACAAAGUUCGAAUUCCUCGCCAGAACCUGCUGGACAGGACUGGGAAUAUCACCUCUGAAGGCACUUACAACACCCCCUUUAAGGAUGUCCGGCAGCGUUUGGGAGCAUCGUUGGGGAGCCUGUCCUCAGGACGCAUCUCCAUCAUCAGCAUGGCUGUGGUCAACCUGAAGCUGGCCGUGUCCAUAGCCAUCCGGUUCUCGGCCACACGGUGUCAGUUUGGACCCACGGAUAAAGAAGAGAUUCCCGUCCUUGAAUAUCCAUUGCAGCAAUGGCGCCUACUUCCGUACCUGGCGGCUGCCUAUGCCUUGGACCACUUCUCUAAGACAAUCUUCUUGGACUUGUUGGAGGUACAGAGUGCCCGGCUCAGGGGAGACCACGGCGACUGGCAGGCAGAACUCGGCCGUGAGAUCCAUGUUCUGGCAUCAGCUGGCAAGCCUCUAGCCUCAUGGACAGCCCAGCGGGGUAUUCAGGAGUGCCGUGAGGCGUGUGGGGGACAUGGCUAUCUGGCCAUAAACCGGCUUGGUGACCUCAGAAAUGACAACGACCCAAACUGUACCUAUGAAGGUGACAACAAUGUCCUGCUGCAGCAGACCAGCAACUACCUGCUUGGCCUCCUGGAGUCUCCUCUCCAAGAUGGAGCUCACUUCACAAGCCCUCUCAAGACAGUGAACUUUCUGGAAGCCUAUCCUGGAAUCUUGGGCCAGAAGUUCCUGGGCUCCAGCAAGGCUGACUGGUUGGACUCAGCAGCCCCCCUGGCAGCCUACCGCUGGCUUGUUUGCUACUUGCUCCAAGAGAGUCACCGGAGAUACUGCCAGGAGAAAAAGUCCAGAGGCAGUGACUUUGAAGCAAGAAACAACAGCCAGGUGUACGGCUGCCGGCCCCUGGCCCUGGCCUUCAUGGAACUCACUGUGAUGCAGCGAUUCUGUGAGCAUACCCACAGCUCCAGCCUGCCUGCAUCUCUGCGGACUGUGCUCGGGCGGCUCAGCACGCUCUAUGGCCUGUGGUGCCUGAGCCAGCACAUGGCCCUGCUCUACAGAGGCGGCUACAUUUCUGGGGAGCUAACAGGAAGGGCAAUGGAGGAUGCCAUCCUGACCCUGUGUGAGCAGCUGAAAGACGAUGCAGUGGCCUUGGUGGACGUGAUCGCCCCUUCCGACUUUGUUCUGAACUCCCCUAUUGCCAAAGCUGAUGGUGAGCUCUAUAAAAACCUGUGGGCAGCUGUCCUGCAGCAGAACGGUGUGCUGGAGCGUGCCACCUGGUGGCCCGAGUUCUCUGCCAACAAAUCUGUGGCCGACAGACUGAAGUCCCAGCUGUAGACACAGUUGGAGGGGCAGUUACAGCAGGAACAGCUGAUCCAGAGGCCUGGACCCAGACACGGAGCUCCAAGAGACACCCAGAUGCCUACUCUGAAAACCACUUACAUUACAGCUUCUCCUCGACCCUGGUCAGCCUGUCAUACCCAUCGUCAAAUGGGGUAUUUGCAAGGAGUUUGCACAGUGUGUCUCCCUGAGGGCCUUGGAAUUUAACAAAGGACUUUGUUAUGCUAUCUCAGGGCUCAGAUAGGAAGGUAAAGUCAGGGCUCACAAUGAAAGCCUUCUGAACUUUGGGAUCCGUGGAAGCUUUUUGAGACACUUCCUUCUCUCUGCUGCAGUCUGAUUCUUUAACCCUGCUGUGGGGUGUCCAUAUGUCUCUUUACCUGCCAUUUACUGCUCUGUACCAUGAACCAUCAGAAUGAUGUAAUUUGAAGAUUUUUAUUGGAAAAAAAUGUUUUACUAACUCCUUUGGUGGCACCAGAGUUUCCGCUGAGGAAAAUGCUCCCACAGAAGACGUGCACGGUGGUGGGGACCACAGACACCCCGCUGUGUCAGUGACUGCUUAGCAGUGGCUUUCGUCCUUCAGCAAAUUCACACAGGGCAUGACCCUGCUAGACUGGCCAUAGCCAGACCCUUGUACUUCUGACAGGCACAUAUGCCAUCCCUUCCUGCCAUAGGUAGGAUCCCACACCAUUAGCUUUCUGAUGGGCUGUUCUGAGCCCCAGGUGCUUGCUGAGCCUGAGAGCCUCUUUCUUUACCACCUGCUCUUCUUGGCCAGGCGCACGCGCUCAGCAUCCUCCCAGAGACCUACCCCAGCUGAAUGGGGGCCUGCCAGCUGGAGUCCCUGUGGAACAUGAGGGCCAUGUGUCCAUAGAUGCUGCCUUCCACCUGGAUCUAUGGCUUUUCCCAACAAUGAGGACUAGGUCUUAGUCCUCUUGGGUCCUCCCAGCUCUUGGGGUCUGUACCCUCCCACCCUGCUAGGCAGUGGUCACCUCAGCCACCUAUUCAUCUGACCAUACUUCUUCGUGGGAGCUUGGUUACUGUACUGUCUGACUGGAGACUGACCAGUGUGUCACAAGAAGUGUCCACGGUCAGUAGAAUGUUGCAUUAAGAUAAGUCCCCAGGGUCAGGCAGUCUGACUGCAGACCACCCACAGAUUUCAAAUUAUAGACAAAUGGAUCAUCAGCUAUAGCUUCUGAGGGGAGGGAGAGUCCGUUUUCUAUGGUAAGUUGAACAUGCUCCAUCGCAUGCCCACACGCAAGAGCAUAUGGGUGGCACAGAGGGGACUUGAUGGCUUUUUUUUUUGUCUAGUAAUGUGUGCACAUAUAUGUUUUCAUAUCUACUGAUUGGGUAUAUCUCAGUCUCUGGGGUAGGGACUGGCUCUCUGGACAACCAGAUUUAGAUGGGUGUCCUGUUAGCUUGCAGAUAUCACAUGACUUCCAGAAGUGAAUGGUGUAUCCUGUCCCUGCUCCUGUGUAUGUACACUCCCCUCUUCGGUCCUGAGGGUGAGGCAGGUGGCACGUGGGGGCCUAGGGUAGAGGCUACAUUUCUGAGACAAACUUGUAAAGGUCCC